AAACCCAUUGGCCAUCCACCAAGUGACAAUCCAAAAACAAAUCAAAUCAACAUGUUCAAAUUCGCUGCUAUCUUCUUCGCUGUUGUGGCUGUGGCUGCCGCCAAGCCUGGUAUUGUGGCUCCUCUGGCCGCCGCUCCCCUGGCCUAUACCGCUCCCGCUGUGGUGGGCAGUGCCGCCUACGUGGCCCCCUACGCCUCCAGCUACACCGCCAACACGGUGGCCCACAGCGCGGCCUUCCCCGCCGCCUACACCGCCGCCUAUACCGCUCCCAUUGCUGCCGCCCCCAUCGCUGCUCCCCUGGCCGCCGCCGCGUACACCGCUCCCUACACCCGCUUUGCCGCCCCCUACGCCGCCGCCUACACCUCUCCCCUGGCCUACAGCGCCCCCUACGUGGCCCGCCCCUACGUGGCCGCCGCCGCCGCCCCUCUGCUGCUGAAGAAGUAAAUCAACGGAUUGAGAACCCAGCGGAAAUAGUGCCCCGUGAGCUUGGCUCAUGGCCUGGCAUUUACUUUCCCUACCGCCCCAACUUGUGAUGCAUUAAACCUCUAAGAAUCUACAAA